CUUGCACCAAUCAGCGUCGUAACGCCCGCAACACCACCGCCCGUACAUGAAGAGGUCGUGAUGCCGCCGACCCCAACCAGAUCACCGACCCCCAACACACCGCCAACCCCCGCCACGCCGCCAACCCCGACCACGUCGUCGCAGCCCCGUUAUAACUUGUAA